AUCAAAUUGUAUCGUUCACCUAUUAGUUUCUGUUGAAGUCGACUAACAUGAGGUUCUUAACGAUUAUUGCGUUGUUCUGCGUCUUGGCAGGCUGCUCUUGCUCGGAAUCAACUACGUCAUCUGGAUAUUAUUGGGACCCAUAUUCAUCUUCUUGGGUGCCUUACGGGGACUCUACCACCUCGUAUCCCUACUGGGAGGAUACUACUACAUCUGCACCUGUUGCUCCGUCAACUGCUAGGCCCCCAUGUGAUGGACAAAUCCAAGGACCUUGCGAGAAUCUUGUAAAGGGUGCACACAAGGUGUACGUCUUCUACUAAAACCACUUCAACUUGUAUACCCCGAAAAUACCCCAGGUGCGGCGAAGCAUGCGAUUGGGGCUAAAUAAAGAUCAGAGGCUCUAUUAACAUCUGGUGCCCGACAGAUUAAUGCACUUUACGCUCUCACAACUGAACAUUUAAUGGCUCUUUCUUUGGGAUCCAGCAAAGAGACCUUUCAUCGUCUGAAUAUAUCACGAAAUGGCAACGCCUUGUACGCAAUAUUUCAAACCGAAAUUCACAUAACACAAAAUAUUCAGAAUCUAUUUUAUUUUUGGUAAUAAAUUUAGUUGAACUGUUUC